AACCAGAGAAUCAAAAUUUCCACAGCUAAAGAAAAAUGUUAGUUAUAUUCACUUACUUGCACUUUCAUCGAGGUUAUUAAAGCAAGUCUCUGUAAAGAUUGCUGAUCUUCAGACAAGUUCUCAGCGUUUGAACCUUUCAGCUUCUAGUGCUGCAGUGGCAGAACUUAAACCUGACUGUUGCAUCGAUGAUGUGAUCCAUCAUGAAGUAAAGGAGAUAGGAACACACAUCCUGGUUUGUGCAGUAAGUUAUACUACACAGAGUGGAGAGAAGAUGUACUUCAGAAAGUUCUUCAAGUUUCAGGUUCUUAAACCACUGGAUGUGAAAACCAAAUUCUACAAUGCUGAGAGUGACCUCAGUUCUGUGACAGAUGAAGUGUUUUUGGAAGCUCAGAUUCAGAAUAUCACGACCUCUCCAAUGUUUAUGGAGAAGGUUUCUCUAGAGCCAUCUAUGAUGUACAAUGUGGCAGAACUGAACACAGUUGACACAGCAGGGGAAAGUGAGUCAACUUUUGGUGCAAGGACUUAUUUACAGCCUAUGGAUACACGUCAGUACUUGUACUGCCUAAAGCCAAAGCAGGAAUUUGCAGAGAAAGCUGGAGUAAUAAAAGGUGUAACAGUGAUUGGGAAACUAGACAUUGUGUGGAAAACUAAUCUGGGUGAACGAGGAAGGCUGCAAACUAGCCAGCUCCAACGGAUGGCUCCUGGGUAUGGGGAUGUAAGGCUUUCCCUGGAGACAAUACCAGACACCGUGAAUUUGGAGGAACCUUUUGACAUCACAUGCAAAAUAACAAAUUGCAGCAGUGAAAGGACUAUGGAUCUGGUGUUGGAAAUGUGCAACACCAAUUCCAUCCACUGGUGUGGAGUUUCAGGAAGGCAACUCGGAAAGCUGCACCCAAGUUCAUCCCUUCAUCUUGCACUCACACUGUUGUCUUCAGUGCAGGGAUUGCAAAGUGUCUCUGGCUUAAGACUUACAGACACGUUUUUGAAGAGGACAUAUGAGUAUGAUGAUAUUGCCCAAGUCUGUGUAGUUUCAUCAGAAGUCAAAUAG